AUGCGCAUCUGCCGGCGUGGCCAUUGUGGCAAGCCGCCGGUCUACCACCCGAUCGAGGCCUUCCACAACGCCAAGGGCAAGGCGCUCAAGAUCUGUGCGUACUGCAGGAAGGAGGAGAGCGCGAAGUCUCGUAAGUCGCGGGCCAAGAAGGCGGCCCAGCGCGCCAGCAACGUCGUCGGCAUCCCCCACCCCGCGGGCGGCCCCCGCGGCCAAACCCAGGGUGCCGCCGCCCAGGCCGCCUCGCCUGCUGCCGCUGCCGCUGCCGCCGCCCAGCCCCAGGCUGAGGCCGCAGGUCCCGCCACCGCCGGGGCCACCGCCGAGGCCACCGCCCCCGCCACCGCCCAGGCCACCGAGGCUGAGAACCACAACGACGAGUAG